UGUGUUUCAUUCUGAGACGCUUGCUCCGAACCGAUAAUCUCGCCGUGAGAAACGCGUCGUUCCGUCCGCUUGAAAUUCAAAUAUUUAUAAUCGUAUAUUGGUAUUAAAAUAUAAACGCCCGCUUAUUUAUGGUUUUUCGUGUGAUCGCUGACAGUUUAUAAUAGGGCGUGAAAAUAAAAUUAAUUUGUGACCAAUUUGAAUAAAAUUUAAGCCACGAAAUGAGCCUAAAAUUGGUGGCGAUCGUUAGUGCACUGCUGCUCCUGUGCUUGACCCAUGUCCUGGCCGCGGCGACCACAGUGCGUCCCUACAAAUUCGGCUUCACCAUCGACGAGCAGCAGCAUCGGGCCGAGAAGAGGGAUGAGCGCGGCAUUGUCAUGGGCGAGUUUGGGUUCAUCACCGCCGAUGGAAUAUACCAUGUGACGGUCUAUGCCACCGACGAGGAGGGCAAGUUCCGCAUACUGUCCAUGAAGAACUACCCCUACGCCGGUCCCGUCGGCCAGAAGACGCUGCCUGCGACAACGACUCCGAAGGCCCUGCCACUUCCGGUGGCUCCGCCCAAGUACAACUUCAACACGGAGGCUUGUUCCGGCUGUUUCCUGAAGAAGUCCCCUCCAAAGAAGGAGAUUCGCACUCUGUCCCAGCCUCUGGCGCCAGUUGAACCAGGUAAGCCCGAGGGCUCUACGGACUACGGCCUGAAUGUGCAGUUGCCCUUCCGGGACUCCAUUGCCCAGACUGUGGCCAGCCGCCUUGGCUUGGUCCAAGACAAAACACACCACAACACCAACACUUACCUGAAUGCACCCACUAAACGCAUCGAACUUGGUCUCAACCUAGCCAUGAACACAUACUAUACAACCAAGGGCGCUGUAACCGGACAUGUGAGCACUCAGACCUCUAAUUCCCAUUCCUCAAGUGGCGACACAAAGAUUGCCUUCAAUGUGGGAGUGGAGGAGAAGGCUGGACGGGUGGUUUAUCCGCCAUUGAACAUUAAGUUGGACGACGAGGCUGUACGGCAGGCCAUAUCAUAUGCCGGCAGGAUAGCAGGUCCUGUGGCCCUGGAAAAUCAGCCACUUGUUGCCCCCGCCACUGUGCCCGCCAGUCAAGUGAAAAUCUUUGCCGUGGAUGGCCAUGCCAGCGUUCCCUUUACCAGUAAUAUCCAAUCAGUAGCUCACCAUCCGAAUGCUGGCCUUCAAAGCGUCCUUCGAUCGGGAGUUGCCUCUGCCAAAACAGUGGCGCAUUCGAAAACACAACCCACACUCACACUGAACCCACACCAAACACAAUUUUUGAAUUCAGCAACCACAGCUGGAAUUUCUGGAUUAGCAGCAAACUCACCAACCGGAAGUCCACCCUCAACCAGUGGAGGUUUCCCCGCAGGAAAGGCGCCUGGUGGAAGUCUUUCCGGAAAGCCGCAAGCUGGAGGAGCUUUUGGCGUAGGAAUUUCUGGCGGAAGCAAGGCACCUUCAUCUGGAGGUUCGCCUGGAGGUUCUGCUGGAGCUACUGCUGGAGGAUCGACUGGAGGUCCGUCUGGUUUGGCUGGCGGUUCGGGUGGCGGUUCGACUGGCGGCAGAUCUCCUGGAUCUGGAUUUGGAGGAGUCCCGGCUGGUGGAAGUAAAGCAUCUGGACUUGGAGGAUCUCCAACUCGUGGCGGAGCAGUGGGCUUGGGAAGCGGAAGUGCAGCUGGCGCUACGGGAGACCUGUACAAGUUCAAGUACAUCCUGGACUACAAUGGACACGAAGAGACGGGCGGUCGCAAUGGGGACAAACAGGGCAGCUACUUCGCCAUCGGCGAGGAUGCAGUGCAGCGGACCAUCGAAUACAUUGCGAACGAGUUUGGAUUCCAGCCCCACAUCAGCUGGCGGAAACUGGACGCCAAGGAGGCGCUGCCCGAGGAGAAUUCCCUGAAGCACUACGAGUUCAAGUGGUUCAAUCAGGAGCAGUGAUUGGUGAUUCUUCAGAGGAUUAGUCCAAGUCUAGAGUAGCCACCUCUUUCCCCCCUUGCUGUACAUACAAAUUUUUGUUAA